GCUGUACUGGAAGCGUGGCCAGUCACCAUGGUAGCUAACAUACACAGGUUAGGUUACCUGGUGCGUCUGGACAGCUCCUGUGGUACUGAAUCACAGAAAAGCUAUCAUUCCUGCUGCUCAUUGGACAAGAGCUACACGUUGUUCGCUCCGGCUCGCCGCUGAUUGGUCCUCUCGCCUGCCUGUCAUUGGAUUUCCCUCACAACAGACUAACUGAGCAGGGGGAGCAGCUGCUGCGGCAGAACCAGACCUUUCAAUGUCACCAGACACCGAGGGAGAUGGUUCUGAAGCCAGGGUGGUAAAGAUUGUCACCAUGGGUUUAUGAUGGCAUUCUUUCAAGUUGUCUCACUCAGUGCCUGAGGCUGUACCCUGACACUAUCAUCUGUUCAACAUCUUUCCUCCAACCCCCCCUAUCCAGCUCCUCUUCCCUCUGCCUCCUCCUCUUCAACCUGUGGCCUAUUUAUACCCCAGAGACUCAGUAGAGCCCAUUAAAGCUCCACAGACCUCUUCAGCAAAGAGACAACAGUGAGCAUGCAGCCGAUAACACAAGGUCGAUGUGAUCACUCCAGCAUCAUUACUUUUUCUUUAACGUCUACAAAUAAGGCUUCAACUGCUGGGGAUUCCUGAAUGUAACACGACCACAGCUGUGCCCGGCUUCAGAUGAGAGAAAGCAGCUGAUAGUACGUGUGAAAGAUUUGCAGUUUGCAGACCUGAAGGUUGGGGUAGUUUUGGAUGCUUCGUUCACUUGGAUCAUCAGACUGGAGCUUUUGGGCCUUUUUUUUGUUGGAGCCAAGAAACUACUUUGGACUCAGCUGUUCUUAUAGCUGUGUUACGCACAAGGACUGUAAAAUAAUUCACCUUUUAAAUGGCUUACACAUCCAAAGGUAAGUUAAGAGUUUUGAUCCCAAUGAAUGUUCCCUUUAAAACUAGAUUUGAUGUGUGAUGUUGGAUGCAUGACAACAAAGAAAUCAGAUUUGUUUGUAUUUAAGAUAGUACAAAAGCAGCAUUAAUGGAAAUUUAAUGGGAAGCUUCUAGACAUUUAACUUUUUUCUAUGUAGAAUUAUCUAUGUUUGUUUGUAAACAAAAUACACUAGCUUAUUAGGUGCGUUAUUACACUAUCUACAUACUUAUCGCUGCGGUCAGGCAGAAAGCGCAUAUCUCCAUAUUUCAUUAUAUUUUCAUUUUUUCAAAAUGUAAUGUUUUUGGUCACCCUUAGUGCCUGUCAGAGGGCAUUAUAUAAUUUCAGCAAAUGAAAAAGGGUCAAAAAGAGCUUGUUACUGUCUCACAUUCAGUGUGUUUUUUAUUUAAAAAACAGUGUUUUUUAUUUCCUGAAAAGUUGCAGUUUUAAAAAUAUGAAGUUUCAGCCAGACAGUAGCAUUUAAUUUGUGUACUAUCCAAAUAAUUAAGGGCAGUCGAUUCUUUUUUGAAACAUAAUAAGUCAAGAAAAACAUGACCUAAAAAACAAUCAGUUGAGGUUCCGUGUUUUUAGGUUUAGAUUUUAAAAAGUUGCUGGUUCCUCAAGAGCACCUAACAAUCCUAACGGAUAUUUUUUUUAUUAAGAAACAGUACCAGAAAGUGGACACAAACCAGGAGAGAAAAAAGUGCUUUCUCGUUGUUCAUACAGCCCUUCCAUACCUCCAGACAUGAGCUAAGCCCACACCACCCUGGGCUUCCCUCGCAGGAUGACUGCUGUCUGCCCCUCUGAGAGCAGCCCAGAAGGAGCUGAAGCCAGCACUGGGACAGCAGCCUCCAGGGGAUCAGGGGCAGCAGGAAACACUUGCAGCAUUUCAGUGUCUGGGGCCGAGACCUCUAAUGAGUCUAAUGGAGACUCUGUCAGAGGUUCAGUCGGAGGCACAGCUGCGGUCACUGGCGGCCAAAGGUACUCCCGCUGGAGCAGACAGGACAGCUCAGACAUCAACACGGAUGACGAGGGGGCCACUAUCCGCCGACUCACCCCACUGGAGAGGCUCAACCUGGAUAUGUGCCAGGAUGAUAGGGUGGUCCGUGAGCUAACAGUCGGCAGGAGAAUCGGCUUCUACAAAAUUCGAGGCGAGAUCGGAUGUGGGAAUUUCUCCCAUGUGAAGCUUGGAAUUCAUGCCCUCACCAAAGAUAAAGUGGCCAUAAAGAUCCUGGAUAAAACCAAGCUGGAUCAGAAGACCCAGAGACUGCUGUCCAGAGAAAUCUCCAGCAUGGAGAAACUACAUCAUCCAAACAUCAUACGCCUCUAUGAGGUGGUGGAGACGUUGUCACGGUUACACCUGGUGAUGGAGUAUGCAGGGGGAGGGGAGCUUUACACCAAGAUUACCACAGAGGGGAAACUUUCGGAUACAGAGAGCAAGACUGUGUUUGCCCAGAUCCUCUCUGCGGUUAAACACAUGCAUGAAAAUGACAUCAUCCAUCGUGACCUGAAAGCAGAGAAUGUCUUCUACACCAGCAGUUCUUGUGUCAAAGUGGGCGACUUUGGCUUCAGCACUCUGAGUCGCCGUAAUGAGACACUAAACACGUUCUGCGGCUCUCCGCCUUAUGCCGCACCUGAGCUCUUUCGAGACGAGCACUAUGUUGGCAUCUUUGUGGACAUCUGGGCCUUGGGGGUGAUGCUGUUCUUUAUGGUAACUGGCACUAUGCCAUUCAGGGCCGACACUGUCGCUAAAUUGAAGCGGUGCAUCCUAGAUGGAGCCUAUGUCCUCCCCCCAUGGGUGCCUGAAGCAUGCCAGAAGCUGAUCAGGGGGGUCCUCCAACCAAUACCAUCGGACCGCUGCACAGUGGAGCAGAUGAUGGGCUGUGAGUGGAUGCUCCCUGUGGACUUCCCACGUGCCAUGGAGCCCUUUAAACUAGACCCAUCCUACCUAGCAGAGAGUGAACCAGCUGAACUCCAGGAGGAAGAGAUGGAGGUAAAGACAGCUCUGGAAACAUUGGGAAUAUCCUCAGAACACAUUCUCAACAACCAGGGGAAAGACUGCAGGAGCUCCAUCACAGGAGUGUACAGGAUUCUGCUUCAUCGUUCUCACAAGAGACGGGCUGUGGCGAGCUUGCCUGCGGUCACACAGGCAGUCAAACCAUCUACAUCCAGUAAAAAGGAAAGACUUAAAGUGUACAGAAGUUUAAGGCAUACAUCUAAACUCUGUGUGGUUCUGUGACAAUAUGCUUUCCUUUGCUCUGGAAACAUCUUGAUAGUAUGGGAUGGGAUUGCAUGGACUUGAUUAGAAAUUAAAACAUGCUUUACAGCCAGCAGUUUACAUUAAAUCCGUGUUAUAUAACUACAUGCAGCUCCUGAAAUCUGAGAUUUCUACUUUAGUAUUUUUUUUCUAGGAAGUAAAGUUAGUCUCUGUGAGAAUGUUGCUGCUAGAAAAACAUUAUUGAUACCAUUUUAACAGGGAAAGCAACUCAUAAUCCUCAUGAGAUCUGAAAUCAUUAUGAAACAUUAUUUGUUUGGGUAAGUGUGAUAAUAUAACUUUUGAUUUUGGAUAUGCAGGCCAGAAUUUUAUAGCCCUCACCUACUCUGCUAGGACACCAAUAAACCCCUCUGAGAAAACAAUGUAGCAUAUAUCUUAAGAAAAGGGACAUCAUGCUGAGGUGAUAAAGUUGUGAACAUGCAGUCAAUACAUGACAUGUGGUGUAUUCAAUGUUUACUUGCACUUUUCUUUGAUGCCUUAGUUUUCUGUCAUUGUAUGGAAUCCGACAGACUUCAUUGUACUCCUUGACCUUUGUGAUGAGAGAUGGCACAUUUACAUUCUUAUGUGAUGUAUCUCUAUGAGAUGUUAGACUACUUGAGCUGAGUGACCUUACUCCAUUUUCCCUCUGGACCUAAAAAGCCAGUAAAUCACAUUAAGCCUGGGAUACCAUCCGCCAAAGUUUUUGGUUGUUCAUGUGGCAAAAUCAAAAGUCAGUUUUAACUCAGGCAAUUUCAGAAUGAGUUUAUGAUUGUGAGAUUUUUGUAUGACUUGAUGCCAUGUCCAUGCUCAUUUACUGAUUAAAAUAUAUUUGAAUGCACCAAA